GAGCACAUUGCAUUGAACAACACAUACCCUCCUAGGGAAAAUGUCCUCUUCAAUUCAUUCCACACUCUCACGGAUCAUCUUGCUUCUCAUAUCACAUUCAUGCCUAACCUCAGUUUCAAGCUCCAUUUAUAGCGAUUUCACCAUGUGCAUCACCCUCAAAAUUGAGAUGCUCGAGCCGUUCCCCCCGAUCUACAACCAGGAGAACCCAUAUUUCGACACGGUGCUUCAGUCGUCGGCGCAGAAUCUCCGUUACCUCGUUCCUUCCGUGCCAAAACCCGAGUUCGUCUUCUUCCCGUUGAUCGAAACGCAGGUCCAGUAUGGCGUUGACUGCUCGAAGAAGCUCGGGAUCCACCUGAGGGUCCGGAGUGGGGGGCACGAUUAUGAGGGCCUGUCCUACGUGUCCGAGAUCGAAACCCCGUUCAUCAUUAUGGAUUUGAGCAAGCUACGCUACGUGAAUGUCAAUUUGACAGAUAACACUGCAUGGGUCAUGGCGGGGACCACGAUAGGGGAAGUUUACUACCGAAUUGCAGAGAAGAGUCCAGUCCACGGCUUCCCGGCAGGUCUAUGCACAAGCCUUGGUGUUGGGGGACACAUCACUGGUGGGGCAUACGGUUCUAUGAUGAGAAAGUAUGGCCUCGGGGUGGAUAAUGUGCUCGAUGCUCUGAUUGUUGAUGCGGAUGGCCGAAUCCAUGAUCGGGCAGGGAUGGGCGAGGAUCUAUUCUGGGCCAUUAGAGGAGGGGGAGGAGCAAGCUUCGGGAUAAUCCUCGAGUGGCAGAUAAAGUUGGUACCAGUCCCCUCAACGGUGACUGUCUUCACGGUAACUAGGACUUUGGAACAAGGUGCGACGAAGCUCUUGCACCGGUGGCAACAGGUCGUGGACAAGCUUGACCGCAACCUAUUCAUUAGGGUGCUGAUCCAAGUGGCAAGCGCCAGUGGAGGCAAAGCUGAGCGAACUGUGAGCACAUCGUACAACGCCCUCUUCCUAGGGACCGCCAACCGACUCCUCAGGGUGAUGCAGAAGAGCUUCCCCGAAUUGGGCCUCACAAGGAACGACUGCAUCGAAAUGAGCUGGAUCCAAUCAGUCCUGUACAUGGCCGGGUACCCUAACGGGACCCUGCCUGAGGUCCUCCUCGAGGGUAAGUCCAGAUUCAAGAACUUCUUCAAGGCUAAGUCAGACUUCGUCCGGGACCCGAUCCCGGAGAGCGCCCUGGAGGGGCUGUGGAAGAAACUGGUGGAGGAGGACAGCCCGCUGGUGAUAUGGACACCAUACGGCGGGAUGAUGAGCAAGAUCUCAGAGUCCUCAGCACCAUUCCCGCACCGCAAGGGCACGAUCUUCAUGAUCCAGUACCUGAGUCUCUGGGAUAACGCCAGUGAGGAUGCCACCAAGCACAUGGAUUGGAUCGGGAGGCUCUACAACUACAUGGCCCCUUAUGUGUCCAAGCUUCCUAGAGAGGCGUAUGUGAACUAUAGGGACCUUGACCUGGGCAUGAACAAGAAUGGGACAAGCUUCAUACAGGCAUGUGCCUGGGGUCUCCAAUACUUCAAGGGCAACUUUGCUAGGUUGGUCCAUGUGAAGACCAAGGUCGACCCGGACAACUUCUUCAGGCAUGAACAGAGCAUCCCACCAUUGCCACUUUCUCUGAGGGGGAAGUGAAUAACAGACUGAUGAAAGAGAAAAUGGGGUUGGCACAUUGUGCCGAUUUGAUUGUCUUUUGUGACAUUCUGAUGGUGGGAUUUUUUAGGUGCCUAAAAAUCCACCUAUCAAAAUGGGUAUUAAUGUGUGUAAAAGGUUAGUGUGUUGGCUUUGUCAUGGAGUGGUGCUCGGACAAAUCAUUUCUUUCCAGAAAUAUGUAAGUGUUGUCUUUUAUAUGUAGAAGCCCGUAUUCUACUGUAAUGGCCAUGGGAUUGGAAUCUUUUUAAGAGGUAAAUCACAAUUCACAUCCUAUUGUAGAGGCCA